AUGUAUUAAUUCUAAGUGCCAAUAGAGGAUAUUAUGGAUUUGCCUCCAAUUGUAGAGGAAAUAUACUUAGGAUUAUCCAUUAAAAUAUUUAUUGAAUUAGAUAAAGUAAAAGAAAUGAUAACUAUUGAUAUAAAUUCUGAAACAAAGAUAUAAGAAUUGAAAGAAAUUAUUCUGAAAAAAUAUCUAAAAUAAUUGAUAAAUAUAGAUUCUUUUGAUCUUUAUUAUGGUGAUCAGAAGAUGGAUAAAUCGAAAUUGAUUUACUAUUAAAUAGAAAAUAAUGCAGUAAUAGAAGUUGUUAAAGCAGGAUAGUUUGAGGGGGAAUAUAUUAAUAUUGUGGUUGAAUGUGGAUAAUUUAAUAAAAUUUAUUAUAUAGAGAUCAAAAAAAAAAGCCGGAUAGGUGAAUUGGCGGAAGAAUUUCGUUACAUGCGUAAGCUUAGAAAGUAGGAGAGGAUUUAUUUUUUAUAUAAUAAUUACGUAAUAGAACAUAAAGAAACCUUUGAUUAUUAUCACAUCAAGAAUAAUGCUACAUUGACGAUGAAAUUUGAGGCAAUGGGAGGAUGCUUUCCUGGUUAUGCACCCAUUACUCUUGCUGAUAAAUCAUAAAGGCCAAUAAAUUAGAUAAAAAAAGGAGACCAUAUAUUAUGUUAUGAUUAUGAAUUAAGAAAUUUUAGAUCUGGAAUAGUGUAAGGAACUACAAAAACUAAACAAACAAUCUAAGUAAUUAGAAUUGAAACUGAAAUAAGAGUAAUUGAAUGUACUGCUGAUCACCCAUUUUAUACAGAAACUGGAUGGAAAGCAUUUUAACCUCACCCUGAUUUCUAAAUCAAUAAUUUAACAUUAGAAGAUAAAUUACUAAAUUAAGAUAAUACUUUUAUUAAGAUUUUGUCCAUCUAAAAAUUGAAUAAAUUUGAUUAUGUUUAUAAUCUGAAUUUGCAAUAUCCAAACAAUUACCUAGCUUUUGGAUUUCUAGCUCAUAAUAUGAAUAUAAUCAAUAUUGUAAUUGAUGAAUAGAACUAAGAAGAAUUUGAAUACUUCCCAGGAAUGCUUAUAUAAUCAAUCAAAGUCUUAAUAUUUAAAAGAAGAGGAAUUCCUAUAGAAAAUUAGAAGUUAUACUUUCAUGAUUAAUUAAUGGAUGAUGAAAAAGCACUUUCAGACUAUCUGGGACCAGAUGAAAAAAUAUGUGAAUUAAAAUUAUAAGUAUUUUUGGAUAAAGAACAAUAACAAUAAUAAAACAAUAUUAUAAAACCAAAUUCAUAAGUAGUUUCGGUUGAUAUCAUAACGAAUACAUCUAGAUAUUAAUUAUUAUUAAGAAAUGGUAUAACUUUAAAUGAGUUAAAAAAAGUCCUUUAUUAUUUUGAAAAUAAAAAGUACAUUAUGAUUGAUGGUAAAUAGUAUACAUCUGAAUUUGAUGAAAAAAAUAUUAAUGAAUUUCCAAAAAUCUAGUAAAUUUUGUUACUCUCUAAAGAAGAGGGAGGAUUGAGUAUAAGUUUUUAUCAAGAGAUUAAUACCAUAGAAUUAAGUAAUGUGUCUGAAUUAAAGUAAAGUCUAUAGUCUUUGAAUUCAGAUAUUAAUUUUGACCAAUAUCUUGAAACUAAGUUAUUAUAAAUAAAUUAGAAUUAAUAGAAAGCAGGAAUUUAUUAGAAAUAUAAACUACAUCAUUUAUUAGCUCUCAUGCUAUGGACAAGCAAUAGAUUAUACAAAUAACUAAACGAGGAUUUAAUGAAUAAUUCUUAUAGAAAAUGGAUAAAAUAUUUAAAGUGUUUAUUUGAUGGUCUAAAAUCUUCAGAGUACUAUGGAGGAAAAGGUUUUAGAGGAAUAAAAAAUUAUUAAAAUAUUCAACAUUACGAAAUAAAGAAAAUAGUUCAAUGGAGAAAUAUAUAAGCUAUUUCAUUAAGAUAAGAAGUAGCCAUGAAUUUUAGCAAUAGCUAAGGAAUGAUAUUUGAAAUUGAAAUAUUGAGCUCUAAGAUUAUUUCUUAAGUUUCAGAAUAUCCAACUGAAUAAGAAGUAAUAAUGUUCCCAUUUUCUACGUAUGAAGUAUUAAAUGUGACAUGCAGGAAUAAUCAACCAGUUGUUGUAUAAAUGAGAGAGAUUUCUCUACCAAGAAAUUAAAAAAAUAUACUCUGGGUAGAUGAUAAUCCAGAGAAUAAUUAUAAAUUUGCAACAAAUUUAGAAAGAUAAGAUGGGCAAUUAUCGAUCAUUUUUUGUAAAUCUACAAGUGAUGCUAUUUUAAUAAUCAACUCUUAUAAAUGGCUACUAUAUUUACAAACAACUUAAUUUAGAAUAGUUUCUGAUAUGGUCAGGAUUGAAAAUCAUAAAACUAAUUAUAUUGCUGGAGUUGAAUUGCUGAAGCGUUUACAUUAAGAAGUUAAUUACAAUGGAGAAAUUUUGUUUUUUGUAUUUGACGUAUAACAAACUGUGAAAAGUUUACAACAAACCAAUUAUCUUAAUUAUUAAGUAACUAAGCAUUUAAAUGUUCUUGAAAAAUUUAUAAGAUUUGAAUGA